AUGUCCAGGCUUACUGCGGCGUGGAUUCCAGCUCGUGGACAACAUAUCUUGGCCUCUGUUUGUAUGCUUCCUGACAUCUUUCUCUUCAUACUUGAGCAUUGUAGUCCAUAUGAUCUCGUGCAGCUCAACGCGACUUGCCGAACGUUUCGAGGCUUGAUUCGCGACCAACCGCACCUCUGGGACCGUGCUUUUUAUAAUAUGGCGCGAGGAGACUCUCCUGCAUUGCCUCCGUGUCCUGUCAUUCGAUCUGCCGGCUACUCUAUCCCUGCCUACAUUUCUUGGAUCUUCGGUGGCGGCCCGUGUUCAGUUCGGGAAUGUGAAAAUUUCUCCAACUCCCUACCAUUUGACUUCGUAUGGGGAUUUCGUGCUUGUUCUCCGGAUUGCAGAGACAAAUUGACAUCAGAAGAAUACGUUUACUACGACUGGAAUUGCAACUUUCGCUCUCUCGGAAUGUUUGCCCACCUACCCCGAAUCACGGUCUCUUAUGGCGGAAGGUCCAUCGACCUCUAUCUAAAGAAAGCUAUCAUGACUUCUGGUGUGACUCCCGCUCACGGCGCUUGGGCGUCGCGAAGACCACCGCAAACGCCAGUUACUGGUCAAGAUCGUCAGCUACUGGGCCAAAAUGCGUUGGAACUGGAGAACUGGACGGCGAAGUAUCUGGUCGAGAAGAAGGCGGUGAUGCAAACAAAUUUGGACUUUAUUCUUAAACAAGCAAAGAGCAACACAGAGAAAGCCAAAGAAAUCUGUCGGUGCGAGACUGUCAGAGAAGCCUUGGUCGUUUUCUCUCGGGAUCUUCAACUUUUCACUAUCUCUGUUUGGAGUCUGUUAUUGAACGACAUUCCGGUCGGGUUAAAGGAAUUUAUUGCGGCACGAACAGUCAGGCAGCGUUGUGUUGACUGUCCAGACUUGGAGCACCUGUUUUCUCCAGAAGCACUUGAACGUCAUCAGUCAAUCAUACAUCCCCAUCGUUUAGUGAGACAGCCUUGUGAGGACUGCCCAGAUAUUUCUCGCGUGUACACCCCGAGGACACUCCAAGUACACCGCUCAAACAAGCAUCCUGACCUCAUAGCGAUACUGCCUUGUGAUGACUGUCCAAGCCCUUCUUCCCUGUUCACUCCGAAUGAACUUGAGGCACAUCAGUUGCACAAACAUCCCCACCGUGUCGUGAUGCAGCCUUGCGAUGACUGCCCAGUGUCCUCUUUUAUGUUCACCCCGAGCCAACUUCGAAAACAUCGCUUAGCCAAGCAUCCGGCGUCACUUGGCUCAGGCAAGCAGCGUUGUGCUUAUUGUUCCCCAAAAAUUCCUCGCGAGUUCACCAAGGAAGGACUUCGAAUGCAUCAGUUAGCCAGGCAUCCCCAAAGACUGCAUGUGGCUUGA